UAUUUUUGAUCAAUGUAAGAUACAUUUGACAUCAGUGAAUGAAAUAAAGAAAAAAAGAUAACCUUUUACUUCAAGCAAGUCGAUUGUAAUUUUUUUCAACAAGUUAGUGUUUUGUUUUCAACUAUUCGAUAAAAACACGACAAAAAUAUCGAAAAUAUCGAACGAAUUGUGAAAAAACGAAAAUGGCUCAAGAUCGUGUCAUUCUUUAUUCUUAUCGAAUUCAGAAUCAAACGAUUCGUGAAUUUCUUGCCGAAAUGCUUGGCACAUUCAUUCUUGUGUUGGUUUGUGAUUGUUCGAUUGCCGUACAAGUUCUGAGCAAACCACACAAGAUUGAUGUUCUGGCUAUCGGUUUUGCGACUGGAAUGGCAUUGAUGCUUUGUUUCUAUGGAUGUUCUCGAUUAUCCGGUGGUCAUGUAAAUCCGGUCGUUACGCUCAGUUUGGUGGCACUGGGACAUCUUCCAUUUUGGAAAAUUUUUCAUUAUUUCCUUGCACAAUAUAUUGGUGGAUUUUUGGCUACGGCAGUCGCCUAUAUGAAUCAUUAUUCUGCCAUAACCGUGUUUGAUGGUGGCGUACGUUCAGCAUUCUUCAACGCUACUUCGACUGCUGGCAUUCUAACUUCUCAUCCUGGUCAUCAUCUAACACUUACCGGUGCAAUUAUUGAUCAAAUUCUAUGCUGUGGUUUGUUAAUGUUGGGCAUUUUAUGUAUUGUUGAUCAUCGAAAUCUUAAUACACCUAAACCAUUAAUACCAAUCGCAUUGUUUGUUCUGCUUGCCGGUUUAAUCACUGCUUUUGGUUUGAAUUGUGGCCCGGCUUUGAACCCGGCUCGUGAUAUACCGGCACGAUUAUUUGCUUGGAUGAUCGGUUAUGGAUCUGAAGUUUGGUCCCCGCAUAGUCAUCUAUAUUGGUUGAUUGGUGGUCUGAUUGCUCCUCAUAUUGGUGGAAUUUUGGGAACAUGGCUUUAUCAUCUUGGUUUAGGACUUCAUCUUGAUGACGAACAAGUCUGCGAAGAGCAGCAAUUAAAAACGAAUAUUGCCACGCAAGAAUUACUCUUCACAAAUUAAAUUUUUCACUUAUUCAUGAAUUUAAAAAAUGGAAUUUUUUCUUAAUAAAUUAGAUUUGUUAAUAAAUUUACAAUA